AUCACUUUUGCGGAAGGUUGUCAGCGAGUUCAGUGAUGGAGUGUUUUCAAACAUUUCUGUAGGAUUCAAAGGGCACUUGAAGGAGGGAUUUGUCAGUGCAUUUGCUCACUUACUGAUCGAUUUCCCCAAUGGAAUUGGUGCGACGGUUCUUCUUUUGAUUCUGGAGUCGCUGCAUUGGCAGUUGCAAUCAAUUCCAUUUAUUCAAUGCUCGAGUGAUUUACUAAAGGAGUCGGAUCUUCUCCAAGUGGAUUUUAACAUACUCUAUCCCAGAGUCUUUCUUCAGCAGUAAUCCUGGAACAAGAUAGAAUAAAAUCUAUCAAUGUUGGGUAGACCCUACCUUAUUCCUUAAUCUACAUCCACGCGACAUUUGUGUAUUCUUCACUGCUGUCCCCCUCAGAGUGGCCCUCGACUCUGACAAAGUGCGGCCACUGUCUUGUACCCCAUAUGAUAUAACAUAUACUCUGAUAUGAUACCACUGUCUUGUACCCUAGGGUAACUCCUUUCAUUAACUGAUUGAGUUACCUUCAUUCCAUGUAAGAUGGCUCAAAAAGCUUUUUGCCCGCCUUUUCAUGGCUUUCUAUGAUUGUCCCUUUAGGGAAACAAGACCAUAUCUGCUGUCAGUUCUGCACUGAUUGGUCACAUGAUCAGAUAACUGGUCAUUCCUGAUCUUACGUUUGAUAUCCUUCUCCAAGGAGGGGUGUUGGACACUUUCCCUGACAUAUCUUAUAAAUGGUUUGGUCACAGGGACCUGAAGAAUUUUCAAUGCACUCUGAGUGUGACAAACAGUCCCAAAAAGUUGAGUCUCCUAGGACUGUUAAAAAUUAACUCCUUGUGCCAUACUGGAUAUACUGUCAAAUGAGGAACAUUGAGCAUUGAAAUGUCGCCUUCUAGAAAGUUAUAUUGGAGUUGGAUAGUUAAAUUGGAGCCAAAGUGUGAUGCACAAUCGUAAAAUUCUAUAGCAAACGAAAAGUCUCCUUAACCUGCCUUCCAAGCAACAGGUGAAUUAAUUGGUUGUUGAACAAAGUCUGUGAUAAGUUGUCAGAUAAAAAGAAAACAAUACUUGUCUCCGGUCUCGAGUUUCAAUUUCUUAAAAACACCAGGUAUCGACUUAGCUGGAAGGAGAAAUGCACCAACGAUAACGAGGCACUUGGAUUCCUAAAACAUCCAGUUCUCAGCAGGCAGCUUUCUUGAAUUAUUUCAAACUGGAAGUCAUGCCUUCGUGUUUGUACAACUAACUGAGAUAUAUGGAAAGGAGUCAUGCGGAUCGAUUAGUGUUGGUGUAAAUAAAACAGGUUCAGUGAAUGUAGUUACAUGUAGCUGUUGUAACAAUUAUUGUUGUACUAAGAAAAAAAUUACGAAUUCUCUCUGUGUCCUUCAGUUAACUGCGGGAUCUACAUUCUAACGUUUGAUAUCAAUAGGAAAUCAUUUAUCUCUUUAAUCUCGGAGUACUUUGUGGAGAGGUGAUUAAUUGGUGAUUUAUACCCGUGAAUAUCCUGGCUACUCAUUUGCCUACAUUGUUGACGGCUACCCAUUUGUCCGCAAGACACCAUUGUGGACGUGCAGAAUAUCUUCCUGCUGUAAAUUCAAAGGAGGAUACAAUACCCGUUCUCUUCAUCUGGAGCUCAGCUGUCCAGGGUCUUCCUUGACCUCCUUUGGUCUUGUGCUGUGGUCUCAAUUUGCCUCCAUGACAGCUGCAUGGACACCAAACGAAAACACCGGAGUCUAAUGGAUAUCCAUGCCCUCGCAUUUUAUUGAUCUCAACCUUUAUCAGGAUUCUUAGAACUUUGUUGGAUUUACCAAAUUUUAGUUGAGACUCACAAUGUUGCAGACUCCAACUACAGGAAUCAAGAGAAGGACGAGGAAAUUUUCUGCUCCUGCUUUUGUAGGCAACAGACCUCCCUACAGGCCACGCUUUGAUGUGGAAAAUGGCACCUCACCGAAUCGUAGCCCGCUGGACGGGGCGAGCCCGUCUGCUGGUCUGGUGUUACAGAACCUUCCCCAGCGAAGAGAGUCCUUCCUAUACAGAUCUGAUAGUGACUUCGACUUAUCGCCAAAGUCGAUGUCACGAAAUUCUUCCAUUACAAGUGAAAUGCAUGCUGAAGACUUGAUAGUCACCCCCUUUGCUCAGAUUCUGGCCAGUUUACGCAGUGUGCGAAAUAACUACAUACUCCUUACCAAUGCUUCCUCCAGCAGAUCGCGGCGAGGUUCUGCUGUCUCAGGGCACGCUAAUCAUAAUACUCAAUCUAUAAACCCAAAACUUGCAGAAGAUGCUGGUUACACCAAACUUGCCGGCGAGACGUUAGAAGAAUUAGAAUGGUGUCUCGACCAGUUAGAGACCAUCCAGACACAUCGAUCAGUCAGUGAUAUGGCAUCAAGCAAGUUCAAACGAAUGUUGAAUCGAGAAUUGAGUCAUUUUGCUGAGUCAAGUAAAUCAGGCAACCAAAUAUCAGAAUACAUCUGCAAUACCUUUUUAGAUAAACAGCAAGAGGUGGAUGUACCAACGCUAAAAGUCGAAGAUGUAACCGUCAACGCCGAACCAACGACCACGCCAAAUAGAAAAGAAAAGAAGAAAAUCACACCAAUGUCUCAGAUCUCUGGGAUUAGAAAAUUAAAACACGGGAGCAGUUUUUCAGCGGGUGUCGUGCCAAAAUACGGAGUAGAAACGCCACAUGAAGCUGAGUUAGGAGUGCUAUUGGGUGAUUUGGACAAGUGGGGUGUGGACAUAUUUAGGAUAGCAGAAUUAAGUAAUAAUAGACCCCUCACAGCUGUAUGUUACACGAUAUUCCAGGAAAGAGAUUUAAUGAAACAGUUCAAGAUUCCAGCCAAUACUCUAGUCGCAUAUAUGAUGCAUCUUGAAGACCACUAUCGGCGGGACGUCCCCUAUCACAAUAACGUGCAUGCCGCUGACGUCACUCAGUCCACACAUGUUUUACUCUCUGCACCUGCACUGGAGAAUGUUUUCACUGAUCUUGAGAUUCUAGCUGCCAUAUUUGCCUGUGCCAUCCAUGACGUAGAUCAUCCAGGCGUAGCCAACCAAUAUCUCAUCAAUACGAGCUCAGAAUUGGCGUUAAUGUACAACGACGAGUCUGUGCUAGAAAAUCAUCACUUAGCGGUGGCAUUUAAGCUCCUACAGGAAGACAACUGUGAUGUGUUUCAGAAUCUCAGUCAGAAGCAGAGACAAACACUACGCAAAAUGGUUAUUGAUAUGGUGCUAGCUACAGAUAUGUCCAAGCAUAUGAGCCUGUUGGCAGAUCUGAAGACGAUGGUGGAAACAAAAAAGGUUGCCGGCUCAGGAGUACUGCUGUUAGAUAACUACACCGACCGUAUUCAGGUUCUGCAAAACAUGGUACAUUGUGCUGACUUGAGCAACCCCACGAAACCGCUCGAGUUGUACCGGAAAUGGGUGGACCGGGUCAUGAUGGAGUUCUUCAGGCAAGGCGACCUCGAAAAGGAGCAUGGACUCGAACUGAGUCCAAUGUGUGAUAGGCAUUCAGCCACAGUCGAGAAAUCACAGGUCGGUUUCAUCGAUUACGUUAUUCACCCGUUGUGGGAAACGUGGGCCGACCUCGUUCACCCCGACGCGCAGGAUAUUCUCGAUACCGUGGAGGAUAACCGCGACUGGUAUCAGAGUAUGAUUCCCCUUAGUCCUUCCAGUAGCUUCACAAACAACAAUACACCAGAAUCGAAAGAAGCUAUAAAGGAUGUUAAAAAGGAGGACAAUGAUAACCAGGAGAACCCUAGUUUUCAAUUCGAAUUGACUUUAGACGAGGAGCAUAAAGACGCUGCACGUGAUAAACUCGAGAGCCCGACGUCGUCGGGUCAUGACGUUCGACACCAGUCGCAUCACAUAUUACAUCUGCGGAAUUCACAGAUCAAAGAGGAAGUUGAACCCCCAGAAUGACUUCGGCGAAUCAAAUCAAGAUUUAAGAAAAUGAUACGUGAUACGGACAAUUCAUUGCCAAAAUGAAUCCCAGGUGGCGUUGGGUGUUACUGUCGCGGAUUUGUUUAUAGUGUAGCCGCUGUAGGUUGUUAACCAUGCCCAGGCCCCGCCAGGCUGGUUGGGUUGUGAUCUUGGCUGAUCUCGCUGGCCGUGUACAUCGAAAAAAUUGUGAUAUAGGACUUAUAGUUUGUUUCUAAUCUAGGGUUGAUGUAAUUUACGCCAGAGAGUAGUGUGCGUAUGUCUAUGGUAGGAAAACAGUUUGCAAAACAGUUACAGUUUGGAAGAGAAGUGCUGUGACAAACUGGUACCAAUAAAGGGGGACUAUAGGGAUAUUGAGGUGGCUUAUGUGGACAAUUCUGGACUGGGUCAUACCUGAUUAAGUGAUAGAUACUUUCUCAUACAAAUGUGAAUAGUUUCGAUGUUCUGCGCGAUAGGAAAAACCUCUAUCAGUGACUUUGUGUAACUUUAUCUGAUUGACCUUGCUCCUGCCAAUAGAUUCCCUUCAAGACAUAUGGUUAAGAUUCGAGAGAUGAUUGAAUUGGAAGUGAUGGAAAUAUAGAAACUUAUUGCCGAGUACAAACCCUUGUGUACACUACUCUCUGGUCGUGUGAAAAAUUUACUAAUGGCACGUGAGCGUGUAUGAAGGGGGUGGUGCUAACGUUAUUGGAUAAUUCUGUGUCUGGUUAAUAUGGUCGCUUUGACCAUGGAUACAACCGAGAAGACAAGUUACCUCAGUAGAUGAUUUCGGGUUGGUUUAAUGUCAUGUUUAUGUACUUUGUUUGUUAUAAUGGCAUAAUCUCUCGUAGAAAUCAGGACUUUUCUAUCAGCGAGAAAAUCAAAAAAAAUCCAAGAUGUUUUUCGAAAGUCACGAUAUGAUACACACUGUGACGCAUGACAUAAACAUGACAAUAGAUAUUCCAGAAUUUAAAAAAGAUGGUAGAGAAUAUUUUAAAAGUGUGUGUGUGUUGCUUUGAUAGUUCCUUAUAGACUCUUUAACCAAAGCCCGGCUCAUUAUUUGACCGUUCUUUUCAGUAAUACCCUACAAACAGCAAGGUUUGACAGAAUUUUCCCUUGUAAUUACCCCUAGCUGCCACCCUUUCCACUCUUCAACAUCUUCAAUCGUUAGUUUUACUCCUCUGCCUUGACAACCCUGACUCUACAUAGACCCAUUGUUAGCCUAAGUUAAGUUGAAGUCAAACUUAAUUUGAAAGUAGUCUACCUAAGCUUACUUAAGUUGUUCGUAGGGUCAAAAGUAAGUUAAAGAAAUCCUCUUGUUAGGCCCAUUUGUUAGAACUUACUUCGACUUAAGUUCAUCUUAAGCUGACUUACUUCAGUUGAUUUGAAUUUAACUUAGUAAAACCUUGUACAUACAACAUGACCUUGUGUUUGCACGUAGUGAUCACAAACUAUGCAAAUAAGGCUUAGUUUUAUGAUGCCAAAGUGUGUACCAAACUCGCAAGAGUUGGAUGAGUGUGAUUUAAGAAUUUGACUUGAUCAUGUUGGUGUAAAAUAUACAUAUCAUAGGUCAUUUUGUCCAGUCAAGUUCUUAAGAGUAAGCUUGCCGUUUUGUUCGGUCGAAAUGUUCUACUUAAAUGUCAGGUAGAAAAAUAACCGUUUAACACAGUAGGACCAAGGGAGAAAUGAAGGGAGAAAAUCUUCCAAUAUUUUGAGGUUGAGAAAUGAAAGAGGUGUUAGGCUAGUUAGCUUAUGUGGUGUGUUCUGAGAAUUGCUGGUCUUGGUCUUUGCCUCUAGUCAUCUGUACUUUUGGGGCUGUAGCUAGAGGGGUCAUUAAAAAUGUGUUUUUCAUCGAUCCAGAUACUGUCUAAUUUUCAACGACGAAGGAUAAAGGAGGUGUUUUGCCCCCAUGAGCAAAAAGCUAACUGCAGGCCCGACUUUCGUUUGGUACAAUGUCAGUUCAAUCAGGUAGCUUUGUCUUGUGUCUCGUCUUGUUUCUUCUAACUUUCCCUUUACUUUCUUUUUAAACCAAAAAAGGAGCAAAUACAACAUGGAAGAGUUGUUUUUCAUGAAAAUGAACCAACGUGAGGGAUUGGGUGGGUCAUUAGAGAUGGGGAGGGUAUCGGCCCUGAAGAGCCAUUGUCAUGAUUGUGACAGGAUUGGAGAAAAAUUGAUUGAAUUCUCUUCUUUGUUAUUUAAAAACCGUAUUUGUAAAAUUUCUUGCCUUUGGUAGCUUACUUAACAACUAUAUUGAGUACUCUUGAUAUACCUACUUAUAAAAAACAUUCUUCUUUUAUUGAUGGUUAAGCUUAGUAAGAAUAGAUAAGAUGCGUCUUACUUAUUGUUUGUUUCAGGGACGUGGAAUCACCCAGGGCCAUGUUGCUCCACUGGUGUUAGCAGUAGACGCUGGCAUUAAGUACUCAAGCUACGACAUGUAUGGUAAUUGCACUAUUCUGAAGAAGAUACAUGUAUGCUAAGUUGAGCUAAAGCUAAUUUUUGUCUCUAACACUGAUAGAGCAACUGGGCCUUGGUGUAUAAAAUUUAAGAGUUUUGUUGAAAUUGUGAUACCAUAAGGAUGAAAGGCUGACUGUCGGUUUAGAAUAUUUCGCAAAAAGUACUUCUCAGAAGUGAUUGAGCAGUUUUCAGAACAAGGGUCAUGUUGAUCAGUUGUCAAUUCAAAUCCUUUUUGGCUAUAUUCUGGAUCCCGCACUUCAAUAAAACUCUGUAAAUACGACCUCUGUCUUGAUUUUGUUGGCGUCGUGAAAUCUUGCUGCGUAUGUGAUCUUGACAAGAAUUGGAGUAUACAGAUUGUUGAUAUUCUGGUUUGAUGCAAAAAAGGUGUUAGUUUUAUAUCUACAGUGAUUGUGAAUGAAAUAAUUUUGUAUAAAACCGGGCCGCUUUGAAAUGAUCCAUGACGUUUGGGAACUAUCAGGUAUAGAAUUUAUUGUGGUUUAGUCUAUUUUCAGACUUGUUGUUAGUGACAGGGCCAGAGUUUGUUUUAUCCACUGAAAAACUGUUAGCAUUCUGGGUGUAUCCGUUUGCUAUACUUGUCGGCAGAGUUUAUUGUCAAGUUGAGAUCUGCUAAUAACUGGCAGUAGAAUAAUCAAAGUUAAUAGACUUUUCAGAGCCGUUAUGGUUGUUGUAUUAAGAAGGGGGUAAAGUGUGGGAAAACGAAAAUUCUUUCAUCAUGAUCAUGUAAACCUAUAUGUACAGUGAAAUCUCCCUAAGCAGACACCUCUAUUAGCAGGACACCCUCUCUAUUAAGGGCAGUGAUUUUUGUCCCAAAUGGGUAGUUUGUUAUGCAAUUUGACCUCUGUAAUUGGGACACCAUCCUAUUAAAGACAGCAUUUGUCAGUCCAAAGGGUGUCCUUAAUAGGGAGGUUCUAUAGAUACAUUUACAUACAUUAUUCAGUGGGCUUAGCACCUUUGCUUGCUCGGGACAGUGAUUGACACAAAUCUGUUUUUUUAUUCAACAGGCGAUGAGAACGAUGACGAUCAUCUGUUUUUCAGUGGAUGAAAUAAUGUUGUGAUCUUCCUAUUUUCAAAUUGAUGGUUAAAAUUGCUUAGUUCAAAUUUGAAUAGUUUGCUUAUAUUCUUGGGCUUGGUUGAUAUUGGUAUCAGUCAUCACAGAAUAAUUGCAACGAUGGGGGGGGGG